AUGGCACACUGGGCUACUGGCGCGGGGGGCUAUAUCCCGCCCCCGCCGGGCGCGGUGUCGGGCGGACAACCCGACCCAGCGAUUCACGCAGCAUUUCCAGGAGCUGGAGGCGGGGGCGGGGCCGGUACUGCGUGGGGUACAGGCGGGUGGCCGCCAGCGACUGGAGGAGGAAGUGGGCACGGGACACCCUGGCCCACACAAGCCCCACCGCUAUAUGGCCCGUCCGCUUCGGGCUCGAGCUGGGCAAAUACGCCCGCCCCCGCCCCAGCGUCUUACCCCGCGUGGGCGACUCCAUAUUCUGGCCAGCCCCCACCAAGCAGCGCACCCGCUUGGGCAAACACACCCGCUCAAGCCCCAGUCAGGCAGGGGUGGGGGCCAGCAGCAGGGCCAGCGCCCGCAGCGGGUGGGAACACAUGGGAAAACGAUCCCUGGGCUGUCCCGACAGCGCCCCCGCCGAUGACUGCGCCAGCUGCAUCGCACGGGUUCAGUGCGACGGCUGCACCGCCACCCGGGCCACCGGGACCGGUAUAUCCUGGAAUGGGCAUGGGCGGGGCGCCGGUGACGCCAGGCUGGGGCGGACAGCCGCUCUACCAGCAGCAGCAUCCAGCGUAUGCGAAUCCACCACGUGAUCCGUACGCGCAUUAUGCUGCAGCACAGUCUCACCACCCCCGGGAGCAGUAUGAGGAGGAAGAGCGUGACCCCGAGGACGAGUAUUAUGACUACGAUGCAGAGGAGCGUGAACGGCAAGAAGCAAGGGCGGCUGCAGCGGCACAUGCAGCGGGGUGGGCUAGGGGGGGACAUACACCGGGCCCACCGCCGGGGCAUGAUCCGUGGGCUGCUGCUUUAGGGGCAGCCGGGCCGAGCACGCCGGCGGGUGGGGCCGCAUGGGCUACACCGGGCUGGGGAGGCGAGGAGAUGAGACGGACACACAGUGCUGGGCACUCUACUGGCCCCGGCCACCGACCAAGAGCCCAUUCAUUCGGCGGAACUUCCCAUUCCCCGCACCCUCAUCCGGCAGCCUGGGCGGCUUAUGCACACUCGGCUGCUGCGGCCGCUGCGGGACAGUUUUCAGAGGAACACCUCGCGAAGCGGCCCUCGACGUGGCGGGCCGACUUCCCCGGGAUUGGUGACGCGAGUAUGAAUGCCACCGCCACACCCUCAUCGUUCUCGCUGUUCCGCCGAAAAUCCCUGUCUUCCGCCGGCGCAGACGAGUGGCACGACCCGCGGAAGCGCGUGCCGUGUGAUCUGCUAAAAUACUCCACAACCACCCGCCAGGGGAAGCUGGCCUACGACAUGCGCGUGUCUCCGGAGCAGACACCGCCCGGUGCGAUGGGGUUCUUCCCGGCCCACCCCGGCGAUAUGAUCCAGCCCGCGGUGCUCCCGCCAGCGCCGAAGAUGCGCCUCGUGUUGGCUCGGUCGCCGUGGUAUGUGGAUGUGAGGCCGUCCAACGGGCAGUGGGUCGCGCUGUUUGAUGUGCUCGCCGCGCUACACGGCCAGCUGGCGAGCCCGAUUGCGAACACGGACUAUUUUAACAAGGCGUUGACGAGGUCGGAGCGGUUGAGGAUUACAGAAGCGUUCAGGGAACGGUGUGAACGCGCGGGCGCAGUGGCGAGGGCUACGGUUGGGGCGGCAGACCCCGAACACGACUUUGCGGGUGCGGAGAUUGCGCGCGGUGUCAAGCGCGUGGAUUACCUCCUGGGCGAGUGCUUCUUCGUCGGGCUGGUAAGACGGGGCGGCGUCUGGGAGGCGAAGUGUCUGCGCGAAAUCGCGCGAUGA